AGUUGUAUAUCUGUCUUGGCUAAUCAUUUUCUUUCCCUUUUAUCUGAAAUUAACUGUGGAGUACAAUGCAGAGCCAGAGAUUAAUAUUUGGGACAUUUUCACUAUAAUUAAGAGAAGUGUUUAAGGCAUUUGAAAUAUAUGCACGAAAUUCGGAGAUAAAGAAUGAACUUCACAAACUCUUCAUCUGAUGUUCUCGGAGAAGUCGAUCCUUAUCCAUUUGAAAAGUUCGCGCCAACUUUGACGCAAUGCUUUAUCCUCACCAUAGUUGGGUACGUGACAGCGAAGUUCGAGCUGAUAUCCGCAAGCGACAUGAGAGGAAUCGGAGUUUUCGCCACUUAUUUUGGUUUACCAGGCAUUGUCUGGGACACACUUGCAGAUUCUGACUUCAGUGACUUCUAUUGGGAACUGAUAAUUGGUUUGCUACUUGGGAAGCUCUUAAUCUUUGCCGUAGUUUGUGGAUUUUGCCUUUUAUUGACUGGAAAUAUCGGACUGGCAGGCUUGGUAGCUCUUUACUGUGUUCAUAGCAACGACUUGCCAGUCGGAUGUCCACUGAUGUCUUCCUUGUACAAAGAUUUUCGUUCUCAUAUGAUGAAGUACUUAUUUUUGAUGCCAUCAAUGACAACAAUUUUCAUCAUUCCGAUUGGUAAUUACAUGACUGAAUAUUACAAGUACAAAAGAAAGCAAGUCAGCCAACAGGAGACUAAAGAUUCUGAACAGUGGAUAAAACGAUUACCGCGGAAGAAGAUGAUCAAGCUCAUCAAAGAUGUCAUUAAAAGUCCUAUCGUAAUAGCAACGCUGACAGGAAUAUUGCUAAAUCUCAUUUUUAAGGGAAAAGUUCCUCCUGUCUUGCAUCAACCAAUUCAUGUUGUUGCUGCCACCAUACCUGGUCUGGUUCUCAUCAUUCUUGGUUUCAACAUGGUGCGUAAGGACAGGCACCUUAUAAGCUCUGCCGUUGUAUAUGCAAUCCUGCUCGUAGUGAUAAAGAUGAUAGUGACACCACUGGUAUUACAUAUAAUGGUGCGGGCUGUAACAACACACUGCAAUUCAUCUCUUUUUCUGUCAGAUUUUGCUUUGCUGUACGGCAUCUUACCACCAUCAACAGCGGUAUUUCUGUCGGGUCUUGAAUUUCGGAAACCCUUAGCAUCGAUGGGAGCGGCUUUAAUUAUAUGCAGUUUUGCAUCUUAUCCUUUGUCGUAUGUUGUGGCUAGAUUUACAAUUGCUGCUAAACAUGAGCUGAACUAUUACGUACCGCAACUGCAAUAUUGCUUAAUUUGGAUGGCUUGCAUUAAUAUUGCUUGUAACAUAUUUACAUGGACUUUAAUUAUGUGGAGAAAGCAAUGGAAUAAAGUUCCUUGCUGCUACGUCAUGUGUCUCAUAUUCUCUCAGGUAAAUG